CUGAGCCUGGUCCUCAGGACUACGCUGUCUCCCUGCCACCAGACAGCCUGCCCCAGCCUGCUCAGACAACCCCACACUCCUCUGACAGAAUGAAUGCCCUGGAUGGUGUCCCAUUCAAGGUACCCAAGGGCUUUGUGAUAGGCCCGGAGCCCCUCCUUGGGCCAGAGCUCAGUGUCCCAGCCUGCAGGGAGCUUCUGCUGGGUUCUAUGCACGACUUCAGCCUGGAGAGGAGGACUCUCUUCUGGGUGGAGGCUGUCCUCCGGGAGACUUGCCAGUUCCAAUGUGAUGUCCCGGGGACAGCGUCAGCGCCUCCAGCCUGGCUCUUGCUGGUCAGCCCUGAACGCGGGCUGCUGCCUGCACCUGCCUUAGCCAAAGGCCCUGAGGCCGGACCCCAGCAGCUGCCUGAGGAAGAGGAGGAGAAAGAGGAAGAAGCCUCCUCUGCUAGCAAGGAAAACCCGGGUCCUUGCAACCCCCAGCCCAGCACCCCAGGGACCCCCAGCCAAGGCCAUUACCUGUGCUCGCUGGACGUGCUGCGCGGAGUGAGGUCAGAACUGGCGGGGGCGCGGCGGCGACUCUCAGAAGGCAGGAUGGCCGCGCGACCACGCGCCCUCCUGCACCGCAUCCGUCACAGGGCGCUGAGCCUCUGCCCCAGCUCGGCGCUGUCCGUGGGCCCCACGCCCCCACUGCCCAGCACACCCGCGCCACCCCCGCGGCCCUCCACAGCGGGUGCCAUGCCCCUGCUGCGGAGCGACAAGCCCACGGUCGCGUCCUUCAGCCCAUAUACCUGCCUGCCACCUCUUGGGCGGGUGCCCCAGCCUCUCAUCACCCACAGAUUAUACCCUGAUUCUGCUGACCUGCUACCUGCCCUGAGCCAAGAGGAGCAAGACCUCAUUGGGCUUGUGGUUGCCCUGGGGUAUCCCAUGCAUAGGGCCAUCAUGGCUCUACAGAAGACAGGGCGGCAGAGCCUGAGCCAGUUUCUCAGCUACCUUAGCGCCUGUGACCGGCUGCUGCGGCAGGGCUACGAGGAGGGCCUGGUGGAGGAGGCCAUGGAGAUGUUCCAGUUCUCUGAGAGCCAGGCAGGGGAAUACCUGCGCCUCUGGGAACAGUUCAGCGACAUGGGCUUCCAGCAGGACCGGAUCAAGGAGGUGCUGCUGGUCCAUGGCAAUUGCCGAGAACAAGCCCUGGAGGAGCUGGUGGCCUGUGCCCAGUGACCACUGGGGCACUCUGCAAUGCCCAGGCAUCCCAAACCUGCGCUAGACCUGGCAAUCCAUUCUAAAUGUAGACCACAUAAGAAUAUGUGCAUCCUCAUUACAUUUAUUUACGUAAUUACAUUUAAUUACGAUGCAUCCUCAUUGUAAAAAUGCUAAUAAUGCCACAGGUGAGAGCAAAUACUAUAGGGGAGGCAUAACUUGGCCCAUCUUAGGUUUUCAGCUGGACCGAUUAACAAGAGAAAAACAGUUUGUUAAUGCAUGCAGCACCUAUCAUGUGGAAGAAACCUCAAUGAAAAUUAACUCAAAGCAGCAGUUUAGAAUUCUGGCUUAUGUAGCAGUUUCAACAAAGAACACAUUUGGAGAGAAAUAACAGAGUAAAGGGAAUCGGUUUUAGGCUUCUAAGGAUGGCAUACUGUUGGAAGGUAAAUAUUGGGUUGUUGGAAAAGUCAUGACGUAUUUUUUCUAUUUUUCGUUUCAAAAAUGUGUCAUGACUUUUCCAACAACCCAAUAUAUGGGAGGAAACUAAUGGAGUAAGGUGUGUUUGCAGAUUCAUCUGGCGCAUCUCUAGGAGAAUAAGAACCUAUCUCCAGGAAAGGAGAAUUUAUAUCCUUCUUUAGACAGAGACGGGGGAAGGGUAGAGAGAGCUUUUCUUGCAUUUGCUGCUUCUUAACUGACUUCAUUCAGCUCAAAAUCAUUUUUAUGUCAAAGAGGCACAUUUUGGGGUCAAAUUCUGGUUUCUUUCAGUAACAAAUAAAUCAGCUAAAAGAGUUUUGAAAAUGGGGCCAGCUAAGUGAUGUGUUGGAUAAGAGUUGGGUUGGGAGCGCCAGCUCUGAGCAGCAGGGCCCCAGUUCGGAUCCCACAUGAGGGCCAGUGAUGCUGCG